AUGAGAAACCAUUCACCACCCACACCGCCAUAUCCACCUUCUGUUUCUGCCGAGAGUGAGGGAAGUCUCAGGACUAUCGCCUUCAUGGAAAAUAUGAUGAGUAAAUUUGAAGACGAUAGCCUUGAACCUUCUGAAUGUUUUAAAUUGGUUGUGGACUUGCCUUAUCAAAAGUUGACUGUGGCAUCAUUGGAAGAUGCUUUCCUUUCCGAAUUUUCAAGCCAUACAUGAUAAGUUCAUGCUUGUUUAUGAAUCCUCACAUUUGAUAUCAUGCAACCGACACUACUAAUGGCUACUCCCGUUAAUGAUUUUUCUUGCAUCCAAUACAUCUGUAUUUCACGCUUUAGAGAGGAAUCUAUGCUUAAGACUUUGAGCACCAAACCGAUGACAAUCUGAUUCUAAUUUUCAUCACAACCAUAGCAAUUUUUUACAUUUUCUUUCAAUUAGUGUUUUGUGGUAGCCAUAUUUAUUCAAGAGUC